CCACAGCAACAGUACCACUCCAAAAUUGAUGUUCUGAUUGAUGACACGUUCAAAGAAAUGAUCUUCUCCCUCACAUCAAAGUGUACUGCUGUUUUAGAAAGCGUCCUCUCCAAGCUGUCCAGAUACGAUGAAGGAACAUUCUUCUCCUCCAUCCUCUCUUUCACAAAACCAGGAAUGGAUCUGGCGGACACCUACAUUAUCUUUGUUCGGCAGAACCAGGACAUCGUUCGAGAUCAUAUCAACGACGAGGUCUGCAUUGAGAAGGUCUUUGAUCAAUGGUACACAAGCUCCAUGAGAACUGUGUGUGUUUGGCUGACUGACAGACUGGACCUGCAGCUCCACAUUUACCAGCUGAAAGUACUCAUCAGGAUUGUGAAGAAGACCUACCGUGACUUCAGGCUGCAGGGUGUGCUGGAUGGCACGCUCAACAACAAGAACUACGAGACCGUCUACAACCGGUUGACGGUGGAGGAGGCCACAGCAGCAGUCAAGGCAGGCGAUGGCCUGCAGGGCAUCAGCAUGAGAGACAGUGAUGAAGAGGACAGCUAAACCCAGACGCACUUCCAGCAGCCUCUCUAACAUGUCACUACUUUGUUUUAAACUUACUUAGUAGCUCACACCAAACUGACAUAUCAGGAAAUACUUGGAAUGAAUUUACAAAAUGAAUAUUUUAUUUGGCAAUGUGUCAACUUCCUAAUGUUAAUCUGCUUGUUUAGAAUAAUUUUAAGGGAAAAUAGAUAUCCAUGUAAUUCUGACAAAUAUUUACACUAUGUCAAGAUUGUGAACUCUCAAGUGUCCAUUUUCCAUUGAAUAUUUUGACUAAUCAAACUUAGCACAUAACAGAAGGGAAUUUGUGUUUAGUCAUUUUUUCCAGUUGUAGCAAUGUUGAUGAUGAUCAAAAUAAAUGAUCACUUUAUUUUAUAUUGGUGCAAUCUGUUUAUUUCCCUAAAGAGCUGCCACUUUUGACAGGAAAAUUAAUCUGGAAAUUGCAUUAAAGAUUGUCCAAAUUUCUUU